CUGGACCUGGGCAAACCACGGACGCACCUGCCGAAUCGCGUCGCACCCCCAGGUCCGGUUCUUCUUCCCCAAUCUCCUCCCCGAUCCAGAGCCCCGCAGCGACGCGAAGGGAGAGAAGAAAGAGAGAUCGCGCGGGGGAAGGGAGCGGAGAUGUCGUCGGACUCAUCGUCGUGGGCGCGCGCGCUGGUGCACAUCUCGCCCUACACCUUCUCCGCCAUCGGUAUCGCCGUCUCCAUCGGCGUCUCCGUGCUCGGCGCGGCAUGGGGGAUCUUCAUCACGGGGAGCAGCCUCAUCGGGGCCGCCAUCAAGGCGCCCAGGAUCACCUCCAAGAACCUCAUCAGUGUCAUCUUCUGUGAGGCUGUUGCAAUUUACGGUGUAAUUGUUGCAAUCAUCCUCCAAACAAAGCUUGAAAGUGUGCCAACAUCUCAAAUGUAUGAUCCAGAGUCCCUUCGAGCUGGCUAUGCAAUCUUUGCAUCUGGUCUUAUUGUUGGUUUUGCUAAUCUUGUUUGUGGGGUAUGCGUGGGGAUAAUUGGAAGCAGCUGUGCACUGUCUGAUGCUCAGAACUCAUCACUCUUUGUAAAGAUCUUGGUGAUUGAGAUCUUCGGCAGCGCUUUGGGACUGUUUGGAGUGAUCGUUGGUAUAAUCAUGUCGGCUCAAGCAACAUGGCCUGCGAAAGCUUGAUUCUAUCCAGUCAGCACUGUGUAAAUUAUUUUGGGUGAAGUGUAUCGGAAUGUCAAGAUGCGGUCCAACUACUUUGAUCUGUCUCUUUUCUUUUGCACCUUUUUGGCAAAACACGUAAUUCGGUGCUCAGUGCAUCCGAUUGUAGAGUUAUCAUUCCUACUGCCGAGUGCCGAGACUCCAUGUGUGUUGGAUAUCUUGUAGGUGCUAUUGCUGUUGCAAGGCACAGCUAUUGAAUAAAUGCAUUGAACGUAAUAAGAGGGAAAACUUUUAGUCAAA